AUGUAUCUGUAUUGGCUGGACGACUCAGAGGAGGGCUCCGCGGAUUCCUACACCAGCCGCCCCUCGGACUCAGAUGUGUCUCUGGAGGAGGAUCGCGAGGCGCUGCGGAAGGAGGCCGAGCGCCAGGCCCUGGCACAGCUGGAGAAGGCCAAAACCAAGCUGGUGGCAUUUGCCGUGAGGACAAACGUGGGCUACAACCCGUCCCCCAAUGAUGACGUGCCGGUCCAGGGCAUGGCCAUCUCCUUCGAACCCAAGGACUUCCUGCAUAUCAAAGAGAAAUACAACAACGACUGGUGGAUCGGGCGCCUGGUGAAGGAGGGCUGCGAGGUGGGGUUCAUCCCCAGCCCCGUCAAGCUGGAGAACAUGAGGAUGCUGCAGGAGCAGAAGAUGAGGCAAAACCGCCUGAGCUCAAGCAAAUCGGGGGACAACUCCAGCUCCAGCCUGGGAGAUGUGGUGACGGGGACCCGCAGACCCACCCCGCCUGCCAGUGGUACUCUGGACAUGACUCAUUUAGCUUAUGACCUAGACGCCCUUGACUUAGAGCUGGAGGAGGCUGAGGGCCUGGAGAACCCCCGAUCCCCUAAGGCUAGCGUCAGCAGUGUCACCACGUCCCCCUCCAACGUCAAGCACAUCCCCUUCUUUAAGAAGGCGGAGCAUGUGCCGCCGUAUGACGUGGUGCCCUCCAUGCGGCCGAUCAUUCUUGUGGGGCCGUCCUUGAAGGGGUACGAGGUGACGGACAUGAUGCAGAAAGCCCUCUUCGAUUUCCUGAAGCAUCGUUUCGACGGCAGAAUCUCCAUCACGCGGGUGACGGCCGAUAUCUCCCUGGCCAAGCGCUCCGUGCUGAACAAUCCCAGCAAGCACACCAUCAUCGAGCGCUCCAGCACCCGCUCCAGCCUGGGUGAGGCCAUGGUGGGGGGUAAGGGAGGGGGGAGCUGUGGAUUUAACCCUCUCCCACACCCCAGCCCCGCUUGGUUACCCCGGGCCUGUUUUGUUUUUUGGCUGACUCUCACUUAGACCGACUGCCUGGUUUGGAGGUUGAACCCUUUCAAGCCUGCCUGGCUUGGAACUGUAUCCACUGGGAGCUGCCCCGGCUUCCUGCGUCCUCCCCUCCCUCAUCCCCGGGUGGCCCUGGAAUGCCCACCGUGCCCCAGGGCAUCUCUUCCCCUGGCCCUGUCCGGAAGGGCUCUCCUGGCCCAUGCUCCCUGCCUCGCCUGCUCCUGGGCAGGGCCAAUUGGCUUUGCUCUCGCCUGCUUGUGCUAGAUGGAAAGAGAGGCCCGGUG